AUGGCUAAACAAUUGCAAAAUGUUCUCAUCAUAGGCGCUGGUCUCUCUGGUCUCACUCUGGCCAAUUACCUGCAAUUGCACAAUAUCCCAUUCCAAAUCUACGAGCGUGAUACUUUUGCUGAUGUCCGUUCCCAAGGCUGGUCCAUCACGCUUAAUUUCGCCCUGAAAGCAUUGAAGCAAUGCCUGCCUAAAGAAGCUUUUGAGGACCUGAACAGCAAGAUCUCUGUGAUUCCCGACAAGGAUGAAGGUCUCUCGUUUGCCUUUGAGGAUGCUAAUACCAGCGAGCCUCUGAUGUCAAGACAUUUUGAGCCUGGAAAGUCAUAUCGUGCCAACCGUAAACAUCUUCGUGAUUGGCUUUUGGAACCUGUCAAGGACAAGGUACAUUGGAGCAAGCAGGUACAACGGUUCCAGGAAGACAAGGACGCUGGAUCCGUUACCGCCUUCUUUGCGGAUGGCACUGAAGCCAUGGGUGAUUUGCUUGUAGCGUGUGAUGGUAUCUAUUCUCCUGUUGCUUGCCAGCUGCUCGGUGGUAAAGAAGAGUUUGAAAAGUUGACAGAGACCCUCCCUAUUGACUCUUUUGGUGUCUUGCGUUGGAUGACUGAAGAAGAGUGGUCCAAGAUUGCCUCAAACAAUCCUAACCAUAUCGUGGUGUUGAAUGGCAAGCAUGGACUGGUGGAUGGCGUGAAGGGAGAGACAUUCAACAUGUUCUGCUCUGUCAAAGACACUGAUCGUUCUCGUCCCGACCCUUACUGUAUCUUUUGGUCCGUCUCUCACGCUAGCGAUUCUUCUACCACCAAAAAGCUGUCUGAAAAGGAGAAUGCUGACAAGUUGGCUCUGACCAAAUUAUGGGCUGCUAAUGGCUUUCAUCCUGGCUCGCUCUAUCAAGACCUUAUCAUGAGCACACCCGAUGACACUCCAAUUUACCCCAUUGCUGUGCAAGAUAGACAGCCCCUGGCUGAAAAGAUUGCUGUUCCUGGAAGCAGAGUUGUUCUCUCUGGUGACGCUUCACAUGCCAUGACCAUGUUCAAGGGAGAAGGUGGUAAUCACGCCAUGGUCGAUGCUGCCAAUUUGGGUGCUGAGCUCCUCAAGGUGCAACAGGGAGAGAAGUCCAUCAUCGAAGCACUUGACGCCUACAAUGCUGAAAUGAUUGAAAGAAACACAAAGGCUGUCAAGGAAUCCCAUGAUUUUGCCAUCAUGGUACAUACAAAUCCUGAACUGAUGCUUAAUAUGAUAAGAACCACUGCCUUUGACAAGAAAUAA